AUGAAACUUACUAACUUACUAUCACUAGUUGUUCCGAUUAGUGUUGCCAUGUGUAUUGAUUCAAAUAACAAAGAAGAGUUACAUGGUUAUGUCCAGGGCUACAUCAAUGAAUUAGUCGAAAAGCACCAAGGCGCAGUCCUUGCCAGUAUCCAGGCGGCAACUGACCCAGAAAAUGAGCAAACCAUUGAAUUUCAUAACCUACAACAAGGUAUUGAUUUGGACAAAAACAAGGAGUGGACCAUAGGCGAAUCCCAUUUGAAACAGGUGGAUGAUAAUAUCUUGGGUGUCAUGAUUCAAAAACUGUACUCAAUGGCCAAGACCAACUUGUGGAAACGAUUCAACUUAAAAGAAACUGGAUUAUACUAUUACAGUUUUACUUCCACAAAUAUCUUUGAAGAUCUUUAA